GCACAGGAUACACGAGUGCGCGGUCACGUGAUGACUGACCAGCUGCUCGCGGUCACGUGACUCGAUCUCUCACACGAACAGCAGCAGCAGCAGCAGCAGCAUGGCAUCUUCACAGCAGAAGGCAGUGUUUUGGCUGGGAAAGGACACACUGAGGGUUUCGGCUGCCCUGUUUGCAGAGAACCGAGAGCGAUUGUGUCGAGGCCUGAGAGCUGAGAAGGAUCUCCAGGAUGGAUCUGUGCUGGUUCUUCAGGGAGGAGAACAGAAGCAGAGAUACUGCACUGACACCGAUGUGCUCUUCAGACAGGAGUCGUUUUUCCACUGGACCUUCGGUGUGACGGAGGCUAACUGCUAUGGAGCCAUCGACGUCGACUCCAAGAAAUCCAUCCUGUUUGUCCCCAAACUGCCGGAGAGCUACGCCACAUGGAUGGGCGAGAUCUAUCCUCGUGAACACUUCAAGGAGAAAUACGCCGUCGAUGAGGUGCAUUACACCACUGACAUUGCUGAUGUUCUGACCGAGAUGAAGCCGAGUGUCCUGCUCACACUGCGGGGAGUGAACACUGAUAGCGGCAGCACCUGUCGUGAAGCAUCCUUUGAAGGCAUCAGUCAGUUUCAGGUGAAUAAUUCCCUGCUGCAUCCAGUGAUUGUGGAGUGUCGUUUGCUGAAGACUGACAUGGAGCUGGAAGUUCUGCGCUAUACCAACCGCAUUUCCAGUGAAGCCCACAAAGAGGUGAUGAAACGUGUGAAGCCGGGCGUGAAAGAGUAUGAGAUGGAGAGUCUGUUCCAGCAUUACUGUUACUCUCGCGGAGGGAUGCGUCACACUUCAUACACUUGCAUCUGCGGAAGUGGGAAUAACUCAUCCGUCCUUCAUUACGGACACGCCGGUGCUCCCAACGACAAAAGCAUCCAGGAUGGAGACAUGUGUCUGUUUGAUAUGGGUGGUGAGUAUUACUGCUACUCCUCCGACAUCACCUGCUCUUUCCCAGCCAACGGCAAGUUCACCGCAAACCAGAGAGCCAUUUAUGAAGC